AUGCAGAAAGCACCAGAAAAAGUUAGCUACUUCGAUGGCGCCUCAAUCCUCCGCGAUCCGCUUCCUGAACUUUUAAUUCGAGAAGGAUUUCAAACAAUGAGCUCCGCCUGGCACGAUAUAUACUAUCUGGGAGAGUUGCGCCCCUGGCAUAUGAUGAAGGAAGCUAAGGCCUGGACGGCCUCAAACCUGCUGAAGAAACAACCUCUAUCCGUCAACGUGGAAAGCAUCAUGAAAUACGCAGGCUAUAUCCACCAUGAGCACUACCUUUGUGGCGAUGAGCAGUCCAUAUGCGGGCGAUUUGCGCAGAACGCUCUUGGCCCGGCAAGCGCAGUUGCGAUCCAUAAUGGUAUCAACUUCCGCUUCGGCGACCACAAGGUCUGCAUUGAGAGCCAAAAUCCGGGCAAUAAAAGGCAUAUCCCAGAUCAUGUUGCCGUCGAUUGCUCAGCCAGAACCCCUGAUGAGCUAGAAAUGCUUUUGACUGAGCCCAAUAUGGCCGUUGUGGGAGAAGCAAAGACUCCAUGGAAGCAUGACCUUUGUGAAUACGUUUCUAGAUACAAGAAGGGGCAGGAUACCCACCUUCGGCGAGCACUUGGCCAGAUCGCCUCUUAUAUGUAUCGCUAUCAAAUGAGGUACGGGUUUCUCACAACAUACAACGACACCAUAUUCCUCCAGCAGGACCGAGGGAGUGAUGGAAAGUCGAGACUACUUUUUUCACCGCCCAUCAACGCGUUUAGUUCUCCAAACAAUGAUGAUGAUAACGUUUCGGUUCGACAAUGCCUCUACUACAUCCUCUCCGUCAUCAACCAAACUAAUCAGCGUGAAAUGGAGAAUACUUUCAAGGAAGAAGACUGGACUGGUCCACUUUACAAACUACCUUCCUACGGAGAAUUAACUCCUGUCACCAAAAUGACUAAACCAUCGCACGAAGCACUCCAAAUGACACCGAUGGGUAUGCAACCAUUACAGUCGUCUGCGCCACUAGCCCUAGUUAAAAAUGGAUUGGCAUUCGAAGCAACCAUUUCCUUCCAGGCUCGUCAUAUUCACGAACAGAAACGUGGUGAAAAACUUGUUGAAAUCAACGGAAAAUCGAUAGAGGUAAUUAUUUUCGAUGACAAGAGCAAUAAAUCCCUAUCUACUGCUCUCAAACCGGAUGCGAGAAAAGGGGACGGGAAUUCUAGCCAGCGCACAGUUGCCUUCAGCGAUUCACGUGGAGAGAACCCAAAACCUUCAAAAGGGGGAGGCGGGCUGUUUUCCAAUCGUUCGGCAAAAGAUUCAUCUCGUCUGGAAGAGCCAUCAAGUCUUGCCAUGAGCGAAGCUCCUCUAGAGAGCCAAGCCGAAGGGGGGAAUCAAGACUAG